GACAGUCCAAAAAAGCUUUUUUCUUUUUACUUUUUACUUUUUAAAAGAGCAAAAACAACCUAAAAAAAGACCUGUUGCUUUAAUAUAAAUCAUUGAUAGCGCAGAGUAAUUCUUUAUAAAACACUUGAUCUUGUCUGAUCUUUGAAAAUACCCCUUCUUCUCUUUCUCACUUUUAUAUUUUCAUACUUUUACACACACACACGCGCACACACACAAAUUUAUAAACAAUGGGAGGAGUUACUAUUGCACAUCAACCCGUAUCCACGACCGAAGUGGUCGAAGACAAUUAUUACCCUACCACUGACUCAGAUACAGCAGCUGAGAACGAGCAGUACAACCAACUGUUGGUUGCUGCUGCUGCUGCUGCUGCCGUGGCUUCUAAUGAACAAUGGUCCGAGAACCUAUCUUCAGUUGAAGAUUUAACAAGUGAAGUUCAAGAGUUAAUGAUGAGAGAAUCCAUUAAUUCCUGGCUUCAACCAUGGAUGGCUGAAAAUGCCGCUUGUCUCGCAGAGUUGGAUAACCAAAUAUAUGCUCAGUCUAUUCAACUUGAAGAUCUGUUCAGUCAAGAUGACAUGAAUUUAUCAUCUGGUAUGGUUCAACAAUCUUUGUAUGACGAGAUGACAUUUGCUCCUGAAGACAUGUCAUUGACUAUGAGCGCACCCACCUCUUCAGCAUCUUCACCCAACACAUCUGCUCAAGUCAGCCCUGUCGUUUACCCUCUUACCACAGAUGACAUCCAAGUGAACAUCGAACACGACGAAGCAAUUGAAAGAUUAGAUGAACCUAUCAAUGUUCUGAAGCGUAGACGAAGUUCUACAAGUUCUGAUGAUUCUACAGACGAUGAUUCUUCAUCAGCUGAAGAAGACGACGAUCAAGAUGACUCUGAUUCUGAAAACGAAGACGUCGUUAUCCCUACUACCGUUGCAAACUUGAACAGUCGUCGACGCAUGAGUUACUCUUCUGAAUCUGAUUCUGAGGAUGAACCUACAAUUCACAGACGCUCUCGUGCCUGUUCUCCUAUAGCUAACCCUUACAUGUACAUGCACAAACGUCAAAUUGAAGAAACCCUGUUGGAUCGUAUCACCAAUAGCUUGCAUCCUGACAAACUACCUGGUAUCCUGUCCAUCCUGGCAUCCGAAAAACCAGAUCAGCAGGAAGAUGAGGUUGAAAUCGAUUUGUCGUGUCUGGCACGCGAACAAUUGGUUCAAAUCUUGUUUUAUGUUGAUGCCUGUAUUGUAGAGCAAAACGGUGGACCUGCGGUAAACAUUGAUGAUUUUGUCAUGGAAAAGAAGUCAUCCAAAAAGAAUAACCGUCCCGUUCAAGAAGAAAGAAGUCGUCAAACCAAGUCACGUAGAGCGAGAAGACCAAGAAAGCCAAGAACUAAGAGCAGAGCAGAACUCACCGAAGACUUGGACGCUGACUCUUCCUUGAGUGAGGACGAUUGUGAUCCAUUAUCUGUUGAUAAUGUCGUUAGUCUUGGUGGCCCCAUCUCCAUGGCCUCUCUGACAAAGAAGCAUAAAUCCUCACGACCUCCAACAUCUACCACAAAGAGCGGUCGAAGAAAGGCUAGUAAAGGAGGAAACAAGCAUAGAAAUCGUCGCAAGUCUGAAGAUGAUGAAGACGUGUCCUCUUCUGUUACUGUCAUCCAAGAUCCUAGUAGCAUUGCUUCUUCAAGGCCAAAGAGACGUGCUGCUAUUCAUAAACGCCGAUUAUUGGAGCAAAUGCUUGCUCCUUCUGAUGGUGAGAGUGAAGAAGAUGCCGAAGACGGCGUACUCGUUGUGUACAGUGAUGAAAAGAUGGACUUUAACGUGGUUGAUAAUUGCACUAUUGUGCAUUCAUCUGAGCCUAUCCCAGUACCAGUGAAAAAGGAAGACAUGAUGGCUAUAUCAAAUAAUGCUGAUGAAGAAGAAGAUGAAGAAAUCGAUAUUUUGUUUUAAAUCCUUUGCUUUUCUUAUUAUUCUUGUACAUUUCUCUCUUUACAUAACUUAAUCAUCCCCAUUUUCAUCAUGACAUACUCACAUAUAUAUAUCUCUUCUUUUCUUAGCGCGCAACCCAUACAAAAAAGUAUUCAUUGUAUUUAAUCUUUGAAAAAGUAAUUUUAAAAUAAAAUCUCUAGACGACGGCAUGUUACCAUAUAAAAAAAUCUCAGAUCGAUUUUUAAACUUACCCGACACUCGGGGGGCAAAGACUAUCUCUCUCUUUUCUUUCUUUUAUGAC